CCCAGCCAGACGGCCUUUGUUAACCAGAGGGCGCGGUUCCGUGGAUUUUCGCUGCGGGUUUCGCCGAGCGGUACUUGGUUGCUAGAUUGGGGUCGAGAUGUCCUACAUCCCAGGCCAACCAGUCACUGCCGUGGUGCAAAGAGUUGAAAUUCACAAGCUGCGUCAAGGUGAGAACUUAAUCCUGGGCUUCAGCAUUGGAGGUGGAAUUGACCAGGAUCCCUCCCAGAAUCCUUUCUCAGAAGAUAAGACGGAUAAGGGUAUUUACGUCACACGAGUAUCUGAAGGAGGCCCUGCUGAAAUUGCUGGGCUGCAGAUUGGCGACAAGAUCAUGCAGGUGAACGGCUGGGACAUGACCAUGGUCACACACGACCAGGCCCGGAAACGGCUCACCAAGCGCUCAGAGGAGGUGGUGCGCCUGCUGGUGACCCGGCAGUCACUGCAGAAGGCGGUGCAGCGGUCCAUGCUGUCCUAGCGGCCUGCCCAGGUCCCGACGUGUGCCUGCCUCCUCUUGUACCGUGACACUGCUUCCACAGUCUGCUCCUCCUCCUGGCUUCUGCUGAGCGCUGGACCCCCGCUCAGAGGGGAAGAGCUGGUCACAGAGGCCUGACCUGGCCUGCCUUCCCCUCCCACCAGUGGCCCAAGGCUCUGGGACCAACUCUCCCUCAGACACCAAGGACUGGAAACAGUAGCCUGGAGCUGAGUUGUAGUCUGUCUGUAGUGACCACAGGCUCGGUCCCCAGACCCUGCCAUCUGGCCUCAGUAAUGUCCAGGUGAGCAGCGGGCCCCACCUCUGAGAGUGGCCACAAAGCUGAAUAGUGCCAGGUGGGUCCAGCCUCCCACACUACCCUGGCUGCAGGGCUCGGCCCUGCCCUGUCUCAGCUCCGAAGUGCCUGUGUCCCACACUUUCCCCUGUUGCGCAGGGGUGGGGGCAUUCUGCACUGCCAGAGGCACUACGAAGCUGGCCAGGAUGGAAGCCAGGCUCACAGGGCACCUGUCCCACACCCCCCACCACCCGAGGGGCACUGGCUUCCUGAGGUUUGCCUGCUCGCAGGAUUUACACAGGACUGAGGCUAACAUUUUAGGGCAGUUCUCAGGAUUGCCCUUUUCCCUUGUGCCUGUGGGUUUAACUUUUGUAUUUUUCUAAUCACAAUUUUGAUACAAAGCCUCCUUAUCUCACUACUUGGAAAUGCCAAUUCUACUUUUGAAUGUAAUAUACUAAUUCAGUCUGGGAAUAAUGACUCUUAACAAGUCAACAAGCCUUACUUCAGUCACUGUGGAAAUGGGGCAGUAUGAAGCUACCCCACACCGAACAUCUUGUGCCCAAUAAACAGUGCUGGAAUCCA